AUUUUGGGAUUGGCGGAAGUGGAGCCGGAAGUGGAGCCAUAAGGAGCGCGUCCCGCAGAGGAGGAAAGUCAUAGCGCCACGGCUGCGUACAUCCAUUGCUUAAAAAAAUAAAAAAUAAAAAUAAAAAAUCUUUUUAUAUUCGGCGAAUUGGUCCAAGGAAAGAUGUGGAAGGCAGCAGCUGGACAGUCUGUCAGCAUUGCCCCUGAAGAUGGUGCAGAUGACUGGGAGACUGACCCAGACUUUGUGAACGACGUAUCGGAGAAGGAGCAGCGGUGGGGUGCCAAGACUGUAGAGGGCUCAGGACAUCAAGAACAUAUUAACAUCCAUGAGCUACGUGAGAAUGUGUCAACAGAGCACAGCAAGCUGAAGCAGAAGGAGCUGGAGAAUAUGCCCAAGGCCUCGCAUGGCUACGGGGGGAAGUUUGGCGUCCAGCACGACCGCAUGGACAAGUCUGCUGUGGGUCAUGAGUACCAGAGCAAGCUGUCCAAGCACUGCUCCCAGACCGACACCUCCAAGGGCUUCGGUGGCAAAUUUGGUCUGCAGGCAGAUCGGGUCGACCAGUCUGCUGUGGGGUUUGAAUAUUCUGGCAAGACUGAGAAACAUGCUUCACAGAAAGACUACACCACGGGGUUUGGGGGUCGAUACGGGGUGCAAGCGGACCGUGUCGACCAGAGCGCAGUAGGCUUCGAUUACCAGGCCAAAACGGAAAAACACGAGUCUCAGAAAGACUACACUAAAGGCUUUGGUGGUAAAUUUGGGGUGGAAAUGGACAAGGUGGACAAGAGCGCAGUGGGGUUCGAGUACCAGGGGAAGACGGAAAAGCAUGAAUCGCAGAAAGACUACGUGAAGGGCUUCGGGGGAAAGUUUGGUGUGCAGAUGGACAGACAGGACAAGUCAGCCUUAGGAUGGGACCACCAGGAGAAGCUGCAGCUCCAUGAGUCCCAAAAAGAUUAUAAGCGAGGGUUCGGAGGGCAAUACGGGGUAGAGGUGGAGAAGCAGGACAAAUGUGCCCUGGGCUAUGAGCACAAGGAGAAACUGGCCAAGCACGAGUCGCAGCAAGACUACUCAAAAGGUUUUGGUGGAAAAUUUGGUGUCCAGACUGACAGAAUGGAUAAGAGUGCAGGAACCUUUGAAGAUGUGGAGAAGCCCAGCUCAGCAUACCAGAGAACUAAACCCAAGGAAGCAGUUGGAGGCAGCAUGGGCAGCAUCAAGGCCCGCUUUGAGAACAUCGCCAAGCAGAAGGACGACGACGACCGGAAAAAGGCAGAGGAGGAGAGGGCUCGCAGACAGGCCAGGGAGAAGCAGGAGCAGGAGGAGGCCCGCAGGAAGGCCGAGGAACUAGCCAAGGCGCGGCCGCCCUCCCCGGAGCCAAGCCCUGCCCUCGCUGAGCCUCAGCAGCAGGUCAAGACCGCCGACACUGUGCAUGAGAGUGUACCACUGUACGAGGAGCCUGCAGAGAAUGGUAGUGACCUGUACGAGCGGGAGGCCAAGGCCCCUGCUGCUCAAGAGCCACAGUAUGAGGAACAGCCCGAGGAGCCGCUCUACCAGAAUCCCGAUGAGGAGGCUCACUACCAAGGAGGAGAUGAACACACGUACACGGAGUAUGGAGAGGACCUGGGGGUGACCGCUGUGGCGCUGUAUGACUACCAGGCUGCUGGUGAUGACGAGAUCUCCUUCGACCCCGAUGACAUUAUCACCAACAUUGAGAUGAUUGAUGAGGGAUGGUGGAGGGGUGUGUGCAAGGGGGCCUACGGCCUCUUCCCUGCCAAUUAUGUGGAGGUUAGGCAAUGAAGCAACCCACUGCCUUAUUUGCCAUGCUUCCUCUUCCUCCUCCUUCCUGUGCUCAUGUUCUCCAGCAGGUGGCAGUGGUGCUCUGUCAGCUGUUUUCUGUAUGAAAACAUUCUCAGGUCUGUCUGCUCUUCUACAUUGUCCACUCCCCCAUUUCUCCUCUGAAGAUCUAAGCACCCAAUACACCCCCCCCAGUCAUCUGCUUGUGUUAUCUUCCUGAAAUGUG